AUGCAGCAUUGGAGGAAAAGUUUCAGCUCAUCAUUAACAAAGUUCACUGUUGACGUGGCUUCGUGUUUACAUUUCCUUCUGGACUUAUUCGAACACUGGUUUGUCGGAAGUCAAAAUGAAAUCUCGUUGAUGCUGCUGUAUUGUACUACAGAUUCGCUUCUAUUUCUAUCUGACCUUUUUUGUGAACCGAGUCAGUACGAAUGGAUGAGGGAGAAAUUCUUGUUCCUGUUUCACGACCGCGGAGCUGAUGAUGAACUCAUGUUGCCUCAGCUGAUCUAUGGACUUCUAAAAUCACUAGCUGUUCUCGGAAUCGUGCGUAUUAUUGUCACGCGUAAUUGUUUAAUGCUUGACUUCAUUAAGAAUGGAACUAAAAAUGAGAAAGAGGUUUUGUCGCUGUCAGAAUUUGGAAUUCAUCAUUUGUUUUUUCCCGUUCGCAUGGCCACUCUUAAAGGCUUGCUGUACGUCUUGCAGGCGUUCACGUCUGAUGAAGGUCUUACAUUAGCAAUUACUCUAAAUGAAUAUAUCCUGUCAAACUUUAUGUUGACUUCGAAAGACUUCCAUACCUUGUUUGACAUUAGUGAAUUCGAUUCCGUCAUCCCGCAGAUCAUUUAUUCAUUCAUUCCAUCAUUCUUAUCUGCCUUCUUCUCUCCAAUGGACGUUAUGAACAAGGUAAUCCAGCAGCUCCUUGAUGUUCAUGUUACACAGCCAAUUAUAUACAUGAAUAUUCUGAUAAAGGUAGUUAUGACGCCUGCAUAA